GCGCUCCACAGCACGAGAGAGGUGGAGGAGAGGCUGAAUCGCAGCGACAGAGAGCUGGAGUGCGCGAGAGGCUCUGUGCUGAAUGUGUGCUUCUCAGGAGAAUGAAUAAUAGGAAGACUCCAUCUCCACUCUCUUCUUCUCUGGAUUUUACCUCCACUAAUUCAGCGCUUUCAUACUGGAUUGUUUUGCUGUUAUCAACCUCUGUCUGCAGAACUGCUCUUUGGUCCAUCAUAGUGGAAAUGCCGCUGCUUGUCUCAUCACGCCUGAGGUCUUGCCACAAGGAAGACUUCCGCCUGUCAUCUUCACUCAAGUAUAGUGACCCAGUCCAGGACAUGGUCUCCUGAGCGGCCCUACCGCCUACAAAUCACAAGGGGUAAAUCCAGUCUAUCCUGGGCCAUGACUGCUCUGCUUUCCAACGUCAGUGUUCCUGGGAGUACAGCAGUUCUGCUGCCGACUACAGACUGUCCGUUUAAUGUCACUGCAGCUGCUCAGGAAGGACUCGGUUCAGGCCAGUCACUGGCGCCGCUCUGCACCCUCUGUUGCUGUGGAUUUAUCAAUCGCACUUUGGCAGUGGUGUUCAUGGUCAGCCUGGCAUUUGCUGUCGUGGUUGGAAAUGUGGUCACCCUUACUGUCUUUGUGCAAACAAGGCAGUCCCGAACACCACAGGGAUACCUGAAAGUGUCCCUGGCCAUAGCGGACAUGAUGGUCGGUGUCCUCGUGGUCCCAUUCUCCGUCUACACUGAAAUCUCCCUGAUGGUGACCAGCGCACCUCCCAUUUGGUACCAGGGCAGUUCUAUUUCACCGGCCACCUCCUCUUCUCUCGGGGGACUGCUGAGCCCUUGGCAGCCCUGCAUGCUGAUUGGUCCUGUGUUUGCCGGAUGCACCUUUGUCUCCAUCAGCACCAUCUUCCUCAUGACACUGGAGCGAAGCGUGGCCAUCCUAUGGCCCCUCCACAAGGACGCCCUGGUGACCCGGAGAAGAACUCUGCUCCUCAUCCUGCUCUCCUGGGCUGCUAGCUUCCUGCUGGCUCUUGCGCCCCUCAUCUUCAGCAGAAACUUCACUUUGGAGUACAAUGAGUGCAGUCGUAUGUGUAACUACACGCCGCUAAUGCUCGGCAGCCAGCUGCCACCUGAUGCCAACAUUUUGCUGUUAUUCCCAGCUUUUGACUUUACAUUGCUCGGUGGCACAUUAGCAGUGAACAUUGUGUCUUUCACUAGCAUCCGACGGUACACCCGAAAACGCAAACUGCUGUCAGAGGGGAGUCUGAGUGAUGGAGGAGGAGGGGGAGGGGCAGGGGGAGGAGGAGGAUGCUCUCACAGGCCCUCCUUUUCAGACAUCAAAGCUGCCAAGACAAUUGGCAUACUGACAUUCGCCUUCACAGCAUCCUUCUCUCCCAUCGCAGUGUUUGUGCUCGGGAACGUGGUGGGAUACACCUGGUGUAACUUUUCCUUUCUUGCCUUCUGGAUCCUGACAGGAAACAGUUGCUGUAAUGUCAUUAUCUACAGUGUCAGGGACCACCGCUUCAGGAAGGGUGUGACCCUGCUCUUUCAGCGAGAACACUCCCCUCCACAUGGCGAGAAGUCCUGAGGGAUACGUGAAUCUAAAAGUAACAAGCACAUGUUUUGUGGUUGCUGUCCAUUAAGUUUGAUAUUUAAAGGAAUAGUUUGACAUGUUGGGAAAUAUGCUUAGAAGAAACAUCUGUACGAUAAAUAUGUAGCUGGAGCUAGGCGCCUGGCUCUGACCAAAGGUAACAAAAUCUGGCUACCAGCACACCUAAAGCUCUGUUAUAUAUGUUAUCUCCUCUAUUUGUUAAAAAUAAAAAUAAAAGUGUUAAAACAACAAGUUGUGGUUUUACAAGAGGUGAUGUUGUAAACUAUUUAUUGGCUGUAAAACCAAACAUUUUUUACACUUUCACAACUGUCAAACUAUUCCUUAAAUUCAAAUGUAAACUCCAUGUGAGAUUAACAAAGGUGAUUCAAACAAACAAGCAAUGCAACUGUUUGCUACUUAGAAUUGUAAAUGGAGCCAAAUUUAAAAUCUUUGAGCUCCUUCCAAAUUUGUCUUUAGACAACCUGUCACCUUACUCUAUCGUCAAACCUCUUUUCUGAAGCUUUACUUCAGAGGGCUUUUAUGAGCUUUUCAAUAACUUCAGGAACCAAACCUACUGUACUGUAUCUCCUGGUGCAGCACUGACAAUCCACAAUAACCACACAGGUAAUGUUUUGUUUUUAUGGCAGUGGUGGGUUUGUCAUCUAUUAAAUUACAAGGGAUGUUGUUAAUGUGUUUAGUCUUGCCUCCUCUUUGGAAUGAUGUGGGUUACAAUUGUUUUGGUUUAGGGAACAGUUCAUAAUGUAGACUUGAUUCUGUUGUGUUAGAGACAUUUAUUUUUGCGCAUCUAACUUCAAUCUAUUGUCAUAAUAAUCUGCCUCAAGUAUCAGAAAUGCACUUUAUCAGUUACUAUGUGAGCUAUUUGCAGAAAGCCACAUGUCAGGCAAUGGUAAUUUUGUACAAGUUUUAUUGUUAGCGUUUUAUAAUAUUCGGUAUUUUUGUCAAACCAAAUGUGAAUGAAAAAAAGUUCUGCGUAUUCAUUAAAUCAGUAUAGACUAAUUGAAUGGGACGCCAACAGAGAUUCAGUAUGAAGAGCAUUAUGAUUAAAGCAGACCCUCAUACUGUGCCGGCCUAUCUUUUCAGGGUGUAAUUUACUUGUAACAUAUCAAAUUAUCUCACCAGUUUGUCAGCUAUAAGUCUUGAGUAUUGUUGACACAUAAAUAAAUCAGGUUGUAGGGCAUUUUGCAGCAUAAAUGCUAUAUUUCCAUUUGUAAAAUUGUUGCAUUGCUGCAUUUAAUUCAGCCAUAACUGAAGACCUUUGAUAUGUUAACAAUUCGGUAACAGAAUCAACAAAAACAGGGGAAACUAAAAAACAUAAGAAAGAUGUUUUUCAGGCUAUAAAUUGCUCUAAAUUGUUUUAAGAUUUAUUC